AUGCAGAUGCUCACAGUGCCAGUCGAGACGACCGUCUACCUGGGUGCUGUGGGUGUGAUUUUGGUGAUGCUAGGAGUGUUCUACCUCUACCUGAGCAAGAAGGUCUGCUUCACGACCAUAGGAGGCUUCCCGUGCUGCGACGGUGCCGUAUCGUCCCGGGAACGCGAGCGACAAGUGAUCGCCAGAAAUUUAGGGGCGGCGUAUGCUUACGAUGAUGUCGAGUCAUCGUCGGAGAGUGAUGAAGAAGUCAUACAGCAACUACACCAUUCGGCCAGCCUGCAAGGUGGCUUUCUUAACAGCGCAUCAGCCAGAAAAGUGUCCAGCAUGGGCCACUCCACUGACCAUGUACACGGCAAUGGCCACCUGCCUCAGCCAGACUUGGUUUCACUUGCGGAGAAUGGGCGUGCCGUAUCCACGGGGGCAGAGGCAGCAGAUACAAGCAGGGCUUCUUCCAAGACUGUGCAGGAAACGUCUACUGUUCGCACUGCUUUGCAGUAUGAGAAUGGUGCAUUCCUGAAGGCCGAUGACUCCCCACUGUCACUCGCUGCAUGUGGAGGAAGCGAUGAGCCCAUGCUACUUGACUUAGCUGAAGAGGAGCUGAGGUGCGUGGCCGAGGCAUCAGGUCUGCAUGGUCCCGGUCCUUCAGAGCAGACCACCCGCUGCGGUGCACUUGAGCUCAUGUUCGAGUACGAUGAGUCGGCCCGCAAGGUCAUGGUCACGGUCUUAAGAGCACACGACUUGCCCAGUCGAGACCGCGGAGGAGCCAAUAGUGUGCAAGUACGACUAUUACUGCUGCCCCAUAAGAGGCAAAAAUUCAGAACAAAAAUAAAACAGGCGGGGGAAGACAUGACCUUCAACGAAACUUUCGCCUUCACACGCAUCAGCCCUGAGGAAGUGAACACUAUGGGGCUGCGUGUCCGGUUGUACGGAUGCGAACGCAUGCGUCGGGAGCAUCUGGUCGGGGAGACCGUGCUGCCUUUCCAGUGCCUGGCUCUCGACCAGCCUUCCACCAUGUGGCUGAUGCUGGAGCCACGGUCUAACCUGGCCCACUGGGAUUCCAAGUGCGAGAUUUCCAGCUUGGCCCGAUCGGACUCGACGAGUUCAGCGCAGUCGAUGCAGCACGGAGGACUUCCAGAACUGCUGCUAGGGCUUGCCUACAAUGGCACGACGGGGCGUCUCGCUGUAGAGGUCAUCAAGGGAAGCCACUUUCGAAAUGUCACCAUGAACAGGGCCCCAGACACGUUUGUUAAACUUACGCUGAUGUCGUCAAGUGGCCAGGAAAUAACCAGAAGCAAGACAUCUGUCCGGCGGGGUCAGCCAAACCCUCUCUUCAAAGAAACGUUUGUAUUUCAGGUUGCCCUCUUUCAAUUGCCAGAUGUGACACUAAUGGUUUCCGUUUACUACAAGCGGUCCAUGAAGCGAAAAGACAUGAUUGGCUGGUUCUCAUUGGGCCUCAAUAGCUCUGGCGAAGAGGAACUCUCACAUUGGAAUGACAUGCGCGAAAGUAAAGGAGAACAGAUGUGCAGGUGGCAUGUGCUCCUUGACAGCUAGCAAGCUGAGCUCGUCCACAGGGCAACUUCGCUUCCAUGCCUGAAGAGAAG